UGCACGGGUAGGUGGGUAGAUGCAGCGAAGACGGUGACGCUUCUGGCGCCAAUCGCCUCGGCAGACGCUGCAACGCUCCUGCUACAAGAAAACCGACCAACUUAGACUGCCCCUGUGUCUGUCCGAGUCUUGGCCAAAGGUUUUAUCUUGUCCUUACUCCUGCUUGAGACUGCCUCUUUUUCGUCUUUCAAUUCCAUUCAACUCUUUUCUCAUCUCUCGCUGGUCAGAGAUACGCCGAGCUUUGGACUCGUAUUGCUGUGCAAUUAAAGCUUCUCUACCAACAUUCCUCUGCUGGACAAUUACCUUCAUCUCUCUGAGCAUUCCGCUUUCAGAUAACAUUCCAUCCGAUUUCCCUUAGCAACAACAACCGAACCCAGCAUCACCAAUCAAACAGGUCUCCAUAAAGAUAUACCGUGGACACCUGCAACAUCUUUUUUGAUCAUUGGCGGCGACUAUCUGGGCCCGGAACAUCAUCUCGACAUCACCUAAGACAACAUGUUUUUCAAACACACAUUAGCCGCAUUGAGUGCGGUAGCGACUGCAUUCGCUGCACCUCAUAUGAAGCGUGCCAGUGGCUUCAACUGGGGGAACGAAGUCAUGCGUGGAGUCAAUCUCGGUGGAUGGCUGGUCCUCGAGCCGUGGAUUACUCCCUCAAUUUUCCAAGCCUACCCAAACUCACAGGGCAUCAUUGACGAAUACACACUCGGCGAGAAGCUUGGUAGCGAUGCUGCCUACAACGUUCUAAAGCCUCACUGGGAUUCCUGGGUACAGCUUGCCGAUUUCGAAAAGAUUGCAAAGUCUGGCUUCAACGUCGUCCGUAUCCCGAUAGGUUACUGGGCAUACGACAAUGCCAACAGUCCCUACGUAUCUGGAGCUGCUCCGUAUAUGGAUCAAGCCAUUGCAUGGGCAAGACAAACCGGACUCAAGGUCAUUGUAGAUUUGCAUGGUGCACCUGGCUCUCAGAAUGGUUUCGACAACUCCGGUCAAAAGACAAACAACGUCGACUUCCAGCAAGGAGAUAACGUGCAGCGCACUUUGGCCGUCUUGCAGACAAUCCAGAACAAGUAUGCAGACUCAUCCUACGACGACGUUGUUGCAGGUAUUGAGCUUCUCAACGAGCCUCUCUCCACGGUGAUGAACCUGGACGACCUCAAGCAGUUCGAGCGCAACGGCUUCGGUCAGCAACGCACCGUGUCUAAGAAGCGCGUUGUGAUUAUCCAAGACGGCUUCCAGCCACCAAACACCUACAACGGCUGGUUGACACCUUCGGACAACAAUGCCCAGAAUGUCGCUCUCGACCACCACGAAUACCAAGUCUUCAACAACGAGCUGGUCUCAAUGCAACCCUGGCAACACCGUCAGUACGUCUGUAACAACGCCAAAACUUACAGUGGUGCCGACAAGUGGACCUUCGUUGGCGAGUGGUCAGCGGCUAUGACUGAUUGUGCGGCUGCAUUAAAUGGCUAUGGCAUUGGUGCCCGUUACGACGGUACAUACCCUGGCAGCAACUAUGUUGGAUCUUGUGGCAGCAUCAACUACAUCGAUCAGUGGUCGCAGACCAUGAAAGACGACACCCGUGGCUACAUUGAGGCCCAGAUGGAGGCUUUCGAGAGAAACACCAUCGGAUGGGUCUUCUGGAACUUCAAGACCGAGGGCUCACCCGAAUGGGAUGCCUUCCGCCUGAUCGAUGCCGGCGUCUUCCCUCAACCUCUUACCGACAGAAAGUUCAGCCAGAUCUGCUCUUCAUGAAGCGAUUGCGUCGUACAGAAACACUGGAAUUGUGUAUGAUCACCAGAACACAGGACUUAUAUCAUCCCGGAAGCAUAUGCAUACAAAGCGCAGGAGCAUAGGCAGCGUGGUCUUCUUCACCGGCCCAAUUUCGUAUUUCUGUUUCCUCAUCCUCUUCUUCUUUUUGCGUCUUUGCGCGUCUAGCCAUUUUCCAAUACCCUUCUUCUUGUGGUCUAUCUUCUCCAUACAGUAUCUUUGCUGGUAGAAAUAAUUGUAUUGCAUAACUUUUGACCAUAAAGCUC